CCCUGAGUGGAGCCCUUCCUGAAGCACAUGUUAGCAGCUCCUCCUCCCAUCAUUUCAAGCGUUAUUGCGCCUCACAGCACUUCAUACAGAGUGCGCCUGUGUGUGUUACGUGUGGGUCACCGGCCCAUGCAAGAGCUAAUACACAUGUGAAUUAGGAUUUUAGAAGUUUUUUUUAUGUUUGUUUACACAUUUUUAUCACGUUUAAAAGAAACGUUUUUUUUUAUCAUCAUUAGUUUUUAAUAGAUACGCUAUUGUAAAGGCUACAUUGGUAUCGUUUUAAGGCCUUACGUACGGAUUAACAAUUAAAAAAAUAUAUUACUGUUUUUACUGACUGGACGUAUUUCACACCCGGUUUUGGGCACCCAAGUCGCUUGAGUUUGUAAGAGUCACCCUCCGUUUAUUGUUUCAGGGUUUUUGUUUUUUAUAUCUUGUGGGGAAUAUCAUGGCUGUUUGAGGGGUGAGUGGUCUUGCUGAGGAUAUCCGGCCACUGUCCGGCUGCCGAGUCCUCCGUCAUGACCCUGGAGAGUGUGGCGGUAACAGAGGGCUCCUCUGCCCGGGGAUUCUGCUCCUGCUGCGGGGCGAAAAUCAUGCCGUACUUCUCCGACAACGCCGUCGCUUCCCAAAACCAGAUCAACCAGCUUAUUAGCGACAACUUCCUUACCGUCAAAGGUGCCGCCCUCUUCCUCCCGUGUGGAAAUGGCUCCUCCACUUCUGCUGUACCCCACAUCACACAGCGGCAAAACAAACACACAGGUGACCUUCAGCUGCAUCUGCAGACCAUGUUCACCCUGCUGCGCCCUGUAGACACCAUCCGCCUGGCUGUUCGGUUAGAGAGUGCUUACCCACAGCGUACUCGCUACAUGGUGAUCGUGUCCACCAAUUGUAGACAGGACACUGAGGAAAACGUGGUGUUGGGAAUGGACUUCAGCAAUUCAGACCGCACUUGCACAGUGGGGCUGGUCUUACCCUUGUGGAGCGAUACGCUUAUACACUUGGAUGGAGACGGGGGCUUCAGUGUGUCCACUGUUAACAGAGUCCAUGUCUUCAAACCAGUUUCAGUGCAGGCCAUGUGGGCUGCCUUGCAGUCACUGCAUAAGGUUUGUGAGGUGGCCCGAUGUCAUAACUACUACCCUGGUAGUCACUUCCUGACAUGGGCCCGUUACUAUCAGAGCCGUGUGACCUCCGAUCAACACUGCAUCAAUGAGUGGAACGCCAUGCAAGACGUGCAGUCCCACCGGGCAGACUCCCCCGUGCUCUUCACAGACUUGCCAACAGAGAGGGAGCGCACGGAGAGACUGAUUAAGACCCGGCUGAGAGAGAUCAUGAUGCAGAAGGACCUGGAGAACGUCACGUCAAAAGAGAUUCGCACAGAGCUGGAGAUCCAAAUGGUCUGUAACCUGCGGGAGUUCAGAGAGUUUAUUGAUAAUGAGAUGAUUGUCAUUCUGGGCCAGAUGGACAGUCCCACCGAGAUCUUCGACCAUGUCUAUCUGGGUUCUGAGUGGAAUGCGUCUAACCUUGAGGAGCUGCAGAACAGUGGAGUUCGCUACAUCCUGAAUGUGACGCGAGAGAUUGAUAAUUUCUUCCCUGGGCUUUUUGAGUACCAAAAUAUCCGAGUGUAUGACGAGGAGGCCACAAACCUUUUGGAGUACUGGAAUGACACCUACAAGUUCAUUACCAAAGCCAAGAAAGCUGGGGUAAAGUGUCUAGUGCACUGUAAGAUGGGAGUAAGUCGUUCUGCCUCGACUGUGAUCGCAUAUGCUAUGAAGGAGUAUGGCUGGAACUUAGAAAGAGCCUUCGACCAUGUGAAAAAACGUCGCUCAGUCACCAAACCCAAUCCCUCCUUCAUGAAGCAGCUGGAAGAAUACCAGGGUAUCCUGCUAGCCAGCAAACAGAGGCAUAACAAGUUGUGGCGUUCCCACUCAGACAGCGAUUUGUCAAAGGGUCACAAGCCACUCUGCAAAGCGCCACGCUCGCUGGACUGCACUGACCCUCACAACAACAACGGUCCUUCCAUUCAGCAAAUGCUGGGCAUGGCUGUAUUAGAAACACUUAGCCAUACACAACCCAUGGUGGGCAACCUACAUACCACCUCGGAUGAUUCGUCCAAGCAAAACCAACUUGUCUCUGAGCUGCCACAUGAGGACCCCUUUUUCCCACCUCUUCCCAGGCAGCGGGCAGCCACUGCGGUGUCUGAGCAGAAUAUGGCAAAGAACUCUCGUUUGAAAGUAGCAGUGACCGAGCCUGUCACUCAUCCUCACCCUCCUCCUUGUCUCCACAUCCUUGCUACUUCUCCAUUACCGGUAGAGUGCGAGGGGGAUACAACUCCAGACCUCGCUGCCCGAUCGUCUCUCCAUAUACCUGAGCCAAAAACAGACCCUGAGUUGUCCCUUGACACGCCUGAUCAAAAUGACUCUUAUCAAGUGUUGGAGUCCACUGUGCAAAGCUUAGAACUGUGUCUGGAUGCUGUCAGCAAAGAUGAAGGGAAUCAGUGUGCUCAGAGCAUUCCUAAGGCUGACAGCCCCUCAGAGGCCCCUGUGGUACUCGGACUUGUCUCCAGUGAUGAUAACAAGAACUUCAAUGGUGUUUUGGGAGUAGCCGUAGCGUUACGUCUCAGCACAGAUAGCAUAGACUUCUUUAGUGCCAGAGAGAAGUUCCUGUGCUUGUCUCGGGAAAGUCAGCAACACUUGCUUUCUGAAUCGACCGCUGUGCGGGUACCUAACUCCAGAUGCACCCCGCCUUUGGAGAACCCCAGUGAGGGAGCAGAUGAGUGCCACGCCCACUCAGAGACCAGUUGCGAUGCAGACCUCCACCCCCCUCACCAUGACAACAGCAUGUUUGUGCGUCAUAUAGUUACUGAACUGGAGUCUAUAUCGCACCCUUGCAGUCCCCCACUGGCACGCACCAUGCAUCAAACUGCAACACUGGAGGAUGUGGAUGAGAAAACUGCUUCAGCUCCACAUUCUCCCUCCGACAGGCCCACGGGUUCUGUGCGGCGGGCCACUGAGCAACUGGAACUUAUACUUCGUAAGAGUCAAGAAGCUUUGUCACCUCGCUCUCCUCUUCCAUCCCCAUGUUCAGACUGUCCUCGGUCCUACUCCAGUCAGGCAGAGGGCACAGUGGUCCCAACUUGCACUAAGCCCCAAAAGACUGCAGAUGGAAAUGGAGACACUAAAGUGCUUGAUGAUGAGGAUUCAGGUAUAAUGCCUGAUCCAUCCUUCUCGGUGUAUCUAGAAGGGAGUGUCACUUUGAACCACACUCUGGAGCCUAGCUCAACUUCGUCCUCUCUGCUGUGGCUGGAGGGUGUGACCGAGCUGGAAACGGACGUUGAUUACCUGUUAAGGCCCCAGAGGAGGCUUCCACAUAGCAGUGAGGACUUGCAGAAGAUCCAGAAGACUCUCAGAGAGCUCCAGGCAUUUUUAUAUGAGGCUGGAGGACUUGGGCAGGGUGAGGAGAACCAGUGGCCCCAGGGCCAGCGGGACUCAAUUGAGGGCGAGCAACACUUGGAUCCCAAAUCGGCUGUGGUCUGGCAGAGAGCCAUGGAAAUUGAGGCCCGCAUCAGACAGGCUGGCCUCACCCCUCCUUCACUCAUGAAACGCUCUGCAUCCCUUGCUAAACUGGACCGGCUAGAGCUCUCUACUCAUGACCUGAGCGACUGGGACUUCCACCCUGCCGCCACAGGCAUUUAUCAGCCCUCCUCUUUCUCUUUAUCCACCUUUCACUCCCUACUACUCACCCACAGCCAUGAUGAUGCCCACAAAAAGCAGCGGGUUCUACCUCAAAGCCCUUCCUCCCCUGAGUCUGCCAUCCAUUUGAUGGAGAUGGGCAGGACUGCAGGCUCCACUCACCUCUCACCGUCCUGCCCACAGCAAGUUGGUCAGGCUGAGCCCCAUAAACAGACCCCCGUCCAACCCACCGUUUCUGUGUCCACACGACAGCAGCAACAGCAUGUGAAGUCUCACCCUGUUCGCCGUAUCCGCAAAGCAAUGGACAAGAAAAAGACAGUCACUGUUUUGUACAACACCAUGUGACGAUUACUGAACUUUCACAUGCCGCAUGUGUUGGCGUGAAGAACUGUGUCAGACUGCAACCACUUAAGUUUCGUUAAGCGAAGUCUAAGCUGAAUUUUUGAUGAUUUAUGCUAUUGUAGGUCUGAAUGAGGGCAUGUGUGUAUGUUGAUUUGUAUGUUGAUUUGUGUUCAGAAUCUUUCCGGUAGAAGCUCAAAACAAGGGGGUUGUUUCUUAAAACAUGCACUUUACACUCUUGUUUUUCUUUUUAAUGGUUUUAUUUUAUAACUUUUUUAAAUAUAAUUUUUAUGUAGAUGUUUUUGCACUGGCUUGAACGGUAGAGUUGAAUGUAUGUCAGACAGUAUGUGGAGUCAUGAUUCUGUUUGAAUCUUUUUGUCAACUUUUUUAUCCUUUGCUUUAGCUGUGAUUAUAAAGUAAUAAAACUGCACUAUUUUAUUUAAAACAAUUUUUGACAGAGUCAGUCAUUCUGUGGAUCGGUUGAUGCAUUAAAAGUAUAAUCACUCUUUAGGAUUGGAACAUUAUUACAAAGACCAUGCUACUUUCGAGAGGAAUUAUCAUUCAGAGAGAGCUGUUAUUUACAGUCGAGGUUUGCUUCGUUUGAACAACAGCGCCGCUAUGUGGCAAAGAGCAGUAGUGCAACAUGAUGUAAUGCAUAGCCGGGAGUGCUUGUGCAUUGCGUUCCUGAAGUGUUGUCUUUGCCUUUGUCACUGCAUUUUCACUUUAAUUGAGAUUAAAACACAUUCAUUUAAAAAUAUUAUUCGUUUCCGUGCUGUAAAUAAAUUUAAGUCAAAUCUAGAUUGGAAGUUUUAUGGACAGAAGUAAUGAUGCAUAUUGCAGGAAUGCAACUUCAACUUUUUUUUUCCUUUGUUUUUAGCACACCCUUAAUGCUUUACCAUUUAAAAAAAAAAUAAGAUAAAUGGUGAGAGACUGUUAACAGAAUAUCCCGGGUUCAAUACAAGUUAAGCUCAAUCGCAUUUGUGGCGUAGUGUUGAUUACCACAAAAAUUAUUUUGACUCAUCCCUCAUUUUCUUUACAAUAAAACAAACCAAAAAAAAAAAAAGUCAAAAAUCAACAUUAAAGUGAGGCUCUUACAAUAGAAGUGAAUGGGACCAUUUUUGAGGGUUUAAAGGCAGAUAUGUGAAGCUUAGAAUUUGAUAAAAUAAUUUACCAUAAAGGAUUUUUUUCACUCAAAAAUAAAAACAAAUAUUUACUCGCCCUCAUGCCACCCCAGAUGUGUAUGACUUCUGCAAAAUACAAAGAUUUUUAUAAGAAUAUUUCAGCUCUGUAGGUAAUUUCAAUGCAAGUAAAUGGUGGCCAGUACUUUUGAAUCUCCAAAAAGCAGCUAAAAACAACAGUAAAGGAAUCCAUUCGACUCCAAUGUCCUCAGAAGUGAUCCAGUCGGUUUUGAAGAGAACAGACCAAAAUUGCAGUGUACAUCUUUCCAUUGCAAUCUUUGGCCAUUAUCAUGAUUUCAAGCUCGAUUACAGAUGACGCUAUAGGAAGUGUAAAGUCGUCAAUGAGACCACGUUCAAGAUUUAUACUGAAAAAGGAGUUACAUUUUGAUCUGUUCUCACCCAAAAUCGAUUGGAUCACUUUAGAUGGCAUAAAACAAGCCACUGGUGUAUUAAGGAUCAUUUUAUUUGUCUUUAUCUGCUUUUUUGAUGGGCCCCAUUCACUUCCAUUCCAAGUGCCUCACAGGAACCUUUUUUAUUAAAUUGUUU